UAGCGCCUCAACGCUCUCUAGCUGGACGCGGGUGUACUUUUCGUUUCGUAGGGAGGAGUCAGACGGUAGUUUCUUUAUUAAAGUGACAUAUUUAUUGAAUUAACAGUAAUUAUACAAUCAUGUAUCGCACCGUGUAUCCAUAAUGUAGCCGUGGCAUGUUGUUAAUGUCAGGAUAUUGAUCGGUAAUCAGGUAAUUGUCGAUAAAAAAAGGAGGAAAGUGACGGAAACAGGAAGGCGGAACAAGUAAGUUCGUGAAAGUCUCUCAACUGUUUCAACCAUUUCAUCCCCUUUUCUCCGUCCGUCUGAGACAAUGAGCGUGUUUACACGGUUUAUAUUCAAGGAUCAUCACAGACUGAGUCGAAACAAAUACCAAAAGACAGCCCAUAACAAAAACUCUGCACUGGUUGUUUACACAACCUUUUGACUGCUUCCAUUUCAACAGUAAAUAAUUCACCAGAAGCAUUCAAACAAAUCGGCCGGCGCCAGCACAUCAAAACAUGUCCAUGGCGCUGAAACAAGUCUUCAACAAAGACAGGACAUUUCGGCCCAAGCGCAAGUUUGAGCCCGGGACGCAGCGCUUCGACCUGCACAAGAAGGCACAGGCGUCUCUGAACGCGGGGCUGGACCUGAAGCAGGCCGUGCAGCUGCCCCACGGCGAGGACCUCAACGACUGGGUGGCCGUCCACGUGGUCGACUUCUUCAACCGCAUCAACCUCAUCUACGGCACCAUCAGCGACUCCUGCACCGACCAAACCUGCCCCGUCAUGUCCGGUGGGCCCAAGUACGAAUACCGCUGGCAAGACGAGCGCAAUUACAAGAGGCCGACGGCGCUGCCGGCCCCCAAAUACAUGAGCCUGCUCAUGGAUUGGAUUGAGGUACAAAUCAACAAUGAGAACAUCUUCCCCACCAACGUUGGUACUCCCUUCCCUAAGACCUUCAUGCAGGUGGCUAAGAAGAUUUUGUCCCGUCUGUUCCGGGUGUUUGUCCACGUCUACAUCCACCACUUUGACCGCGUGAGCCAGAUGGGGGCUGAGGCUCACGUCAAUACCUGCUACAAGCAUUUCUAUUACUUCGUCGUCGAGUUCAACCUCACGGACCACAAAGAGCUGGAACCUCUGAAAGAGAUGACCUCUCGGAUGUGUCACUGAGGGAGCACACCUGGCCGGUUGACACACGCCGGACAAACACACCCGUCCAUCUAGAAGACUGCAGAACUAAAAGAACAAGCAAAUUCAAAAAAGAGUCUAUUUUUAUAUUUAAGUACUGUAAUCUAUUUUAGCCACAUACUGUAGGUUUCAGCCUUAUCAGGUGAGGCGUUCUGUUACUUUUAAAAAAAAGUUUUCAAACAUUUUAUCAGAGCACAGUAUUAAGAGGUGUAUGUUUUGUUUUGAUGUUUUUCUAUUUUAUUUGAAUCUCAAUCAUUCCAGGAUGCUUUUGUCUUUCUGUCUGUCUAAAAUGAUCUUAAAUUAGUACGAUUUCUUACUGUCUAUCUAUAAAAUCACUAUGUUGUUACAUUAAAAAUGAUUCUGUUAUAAAUUGAAUUUGUUAAUCAGUAUU